CCCCCCACCACCACACACACACACUUGUAUCUAUAAUUUACAGUCUGUAAGUUUGACUCCACGCGAAGAUGAAACUUAGUUACAUCGGAUUCCGAUCGAAGCCUAGGCCGGAGAGCAGUUGCCGGUGGGCGAUAAUGCCGGAGGAUUUGUUGAGAGAAGUGUUGAUGAAGGUGGAGGCGUCGGAGAGUGAGUGGCCGAUGAGGAGGAGCGUGGUGGCGUGUGCCGGAGUGUGUCGGAGUUGGAGGAACGUGUUGAUCAAGGAGAUUGUUAGGCUUCCGGAAGUUUCGGGAGUCUUGACUUUUCCGAUUUCGGUCAAACAGCCUGGUCCUAGAGAUUCCUUUAUCCGGUGUUUUAUAAAAAGGAGUUUUAGAAAAGGGAGUGGGAGUGGGUUGGCACAUUCAUAUAAUUUGUACCUCAGUUUAUCUCAAGCGCUGGCUGAAAAUGGAAAGUUUCUUCUUGGUGCUCGAAAGUCCAGACAUGCAACUCUCACAGAAUAUAUCAUCUCUCUCAAUGCUGAUGAUAUGUCAAAACGGAGCUGUGCAUAUAUUGGAAAGCUGAAAUCUAAUUACUUAAUGACAAAGUUUUCCGUAUAUGAUGCUCUGCCAUUUCAUACGGGAGCUAAAAUGACAAGGAGUCGUUUCACGAGGCUAAUAGGAUCAAAACAAGUUUUGCCUUGUGUUCCUUCUGGAAGCUAUCCAGUAGCGCACAUUUCAUUUGAAACCAGCAGGAGAAGAAUGCAUUGCGUCAUGGACACAAUUUCCCCUUCUGCUAUUAAACCAGGAGGUGUGGCUCCAACACAGACUGAGUUCCGGCAAAGUAGCAUUGACACCCCUCCAUCUUUACCUAACAGCACGAACGAUAUCUUUUCUGGACCUUUAUGUAGUCAGAGAGAUGGACAGCUCAUCUUAAAAAUUAAAUCUCCCAUAUGGAAUGAGCAGCUACAGAGCUGGUGUUUAAAUUUUAAUGGACGCGUAACAAUUGCCUCGGUGGUGAACUUUCAGCUAGUUGCUUCGGCUGAGGGUGGAGGGAUCACACCUGAACAUGAGGAGGUUAUCCUACAAUUUGGUAAAGUGGACAAGGAUGUGUUUACAAUGGAUUACCGGUAUCCAAUAUCGGCAUUCCAGGCGUUUGCCAUCUGCCUUAGUAGGUUUUAUCCAUGGUGUUGCUAAAUGCAAUUCAAAAUUGCUUAAUCCAUGUGUGAUUGUGUACAUGUACAUGAGUACUAGUAUAUGCAUUAAUGUGAGCAUUAAUUAAUCACCCCGUUUUGUUUA